UCUGACCCACAUCGCCGGAAUUUCAAACCGUGCCGUCGUUUUUCUGGCCGGGAUUUGAAACCGCGUCACGGGUACGUGAUGCAACCUCUGGUCUGCUCCUUGGACUUUAAGCAAACACACUGAUGGGCUUUAUUUUCUUGGAUAAAUGACGACAUCAUAUGAUCUCCAUAGUAGUAACAGUGGAUAAAUCCAAAGGGGUUUUUUUGUAUUAGGGUUUGAAGCUAAAUGACAGGGCAAGUAUGAGGAGGAAGCUUCCACAAUAAGCAAUGGAGUUGCUUUAGAGAGCAGUUUGUUUAUAUAAUCUGCAACUUUUUUGGAGUUCGAGGCUUCGAUUCUGCGAUCACCAUGUCGAUGCUUGAUGCUUUCUUCAACAAGGGAUUCAAGGGAGCUAAAUGUAAAACCUUGCUGAAACUUACUAUCCCUCGCAUUAAGUUGCUGCGUAACAAAAGAGAGGUUCUGCUGAAGCAAAUGCGGAGAGAGAUUGCCAAGCUUCUUGAGACUGGGCAAGAAGCAACAGCUCGUAUACGGGUGGAACAUAUCAUCCGGGAAGAAAAUGUCAUGGCUGCACAUGAGAUCAUUGAGCUGUUCUGUGAACUGAUUGUUGUUCGCCUACCCAUCAUUGAAACUCAGAAAGAAUGCCCUUUAGAUUUGAAAGAAGCAAUAUCCAGCUUGUGUUUUGCAGCACCAAGAUGUGCAGACUUACCGGAGCUUCAGCAGGUUCAGAUGCUCUUCGCUGCCAAAUAUGGCAAGGAAUUUGUGUCAGCUGCCACGGAACUCUUGCCUGAAAGUGGGGUAAAUCGCCAGAUAAUCGAGUUGCUAUCAGUCCGUGCUCCUUCUCCUGCAGUGAACCUCAAAUUGCUCAAGGAAAUAGCUGAAGAGCAUGAAUUGGAUUGGGACCCAGUUGCCACCGAGACUGCAUUCUUUAAACCCCAUGAAGAUUUACUGGAUGGGCCUACCCAGUUUAUGAGUGGAUCAAAACUGCCACUUCCAAAAGAGAAACAUGAUCCUUCUCUCUCUGCCAUCACCAAAGAUCCUAAAGAACAAUUUGAUUCAGACACUGAAUCUGAUUCUUUCUUGGAUCUUCCCGAAGUCCCGAAAAGCUCACUCAAACAAAGUACAGAAGCAGGUUUGGACUCAGAAAUACCUUCCCCACAUGUUGCUUCUCCUGGAUCAAGUUUCAGCUCUGAAGCUACAAAGCCCACUCCAAAUAGAGAUCAUUUAUCGCAAGAACCACCUCAUGAGCCCUAUAUUUUUACCUCAGAGCCAUUACCAACCGUGGCUCCUGGAAACCCAAUUGAUCAGGUGGAUCAUGUACUACACAAACCUCCUAGUGCCCCCAAUAUUGUGACCUCAGAGCCAUCACCUACUUUGUUUUCUCAGGAGCCAUUUGAUCAGAGGGACCAUAUAGCACACAACCCUCAUACAGUUACCACUGAGUCAUUUACUCCAUCUCCUGAUUGUCCCAUUCGUCCCAUAUUGUCCAAGGAAAAGCAGCCUAUCCGCUCCGUUACUGCACCUUUGGUUUCUGAACCUGAAAUAGAGAGAGAGCGAUACCCUUCUCUCUCUAGAGCAAGAAGUGAUGUCAAUGUAGACAUGCAGGAUGUUUUAGCAGCUGCUCAGGCAGCGGCAGAGACUGCAGAGCGGGCAGCAGCAGCCGCUCGCUCAGCUGCGAGCCUUGCACAACUCAGAAUCUCUGAGCUAUGUGUCAAGAGAGAGAGUGCGCAUGUUGAUAAUGCAAAGACAAGUACUGUUACUACCCAAGAAGUGUGGCAAAAUGAGAAAGAGGUCUCUCAAUCAGAAGUUGAUGAUUUUGCCCAUGGAUUACAGGCUGACCCAAUUGAACCUCAGUUUGAUUCACCAAAAACGAGUUCAUGGAGUCAUCACGAAAGGCAGCAUGAAUUUGAUUCCAGUCACCAGCCUCAGAGAUUACCUUCAAUGGAGGAUGACCCAUAUUUUUCUUACCCAAACUUGUUCAACUCUCAUGAUUUGAAUCCUAGACAUUAGGAUCUCUCUCUACCUGAUGGUUCGAGGUCUACGCGUGAUAUAUCGCAAGGAGGAUUUUCUAGUGCGCAUUGGCACGGAUGAGAGUAGCUUGCAUUUUCUAGUGUGCUUUGGCACGGAUGACUGAUGCUAUGUAGUAAUGUGUGGUAGUGAUUAUGGAGGCAUUAGUGUUGAAAAUCGAGAUUAUCUCAUCUCUUUCAUGCUAGGUAUCUCAUGUCAUGGGGCUAGAGAAAUUAGAGUAAUUAAUUAUAAUUUCGUUACUUGUUUGCUUGUAAAGUAGAGGCUUCCAUAAGCUUGUUUGAAUGAAUUGAAUGUGUAUGUGGCUGCGUUGAAUUGUUUUUGUA